GUCCGGCAGCCACGCACAGCUUGGAAAAGACGACGACGACGACCGGAAGCAGCGACUCAGCUUCCUCGACGCGCGCGAUCGAUAUGGCAGCCGCGGACGACGUCGCCGCCGUGGCGCCCGACUCCGUCGACGACCUCGACUUCAGCAUCGACGAUUUCUACGUCCGGGACCUCGACUUGGACUUCGACUUCGGCGACCAGCUUGCCGCCGACGAGUUCUGCGACGCUUACUCCGCCUUUGUUGCCAACGCAGAUGCCAAGGGCGUCGGCGGCGCGGCCUCGGGUGGGUGGCUCGCGGGGCUGUGCGUCGGCGGCGACGAGGGGAGCGGCAGGGAGGGGACGCCGGAGUCCGGGGUGACGGACGACGGGGCUCUGGCCGGAGACGAGGCCAUGUCGGCGUACGUGGCCGAGCUGGAGCGCUUCAUGAUGGAGGACGACGGCGACGCCGAGGAGGAGGCGCUCUGCCCAGCCGCCGGCGACUUCUUCGGCGAUCCGCUCGUCGCCAGCGAUACCAAUGGCAUCGUCGUCACCACGGCGGCGGCGGCUGGUGCUCUCCGGAACGGGGAGGAGGGGAAUGGCGACGGCGACGUUCUUGCUGCGCGAGAGGAGGAUGAACCCACCUCGAGGAAGCGCGCAAGGCACAAGAUCAAGGGCACAACCAUGGCGCCAUGGCGGGGAGAGCUUGAGGUGACGAGGAGGCAUCUCGCUCGGAUCCAAGCGCCGGCGGCUUGGCCGUCAGCUGCGGCUGCUCUCCUGUGCUGCAUGUAGCCCAAUGGCUCAUCACUUGAUCUUGUGGAGCUGAGCUCUCCGAUGGCUGUAGCCCAAUGCUUUGGUCGCCUCUAACGAUCCCGUUUGGAACAAGGGACAGAAGCCUUGGGAAGGUGACUAAACCUUCCCAUUUCAAUCGGCAGCAGGCCGGACUAAAUGCACAUGCGUUUCGGCCUGAGCUGAAGUGGCAGCAGGCUGGUCAGGUAUGACAAUGGAGGUCCUUGCCCAGGUCAGGAAAAACUCGAGAAAUCUUUUUUAAUACAGAGCAAAACUCGAGUGAUAUAAUGCAGUAGGACGAAAAUUUAUUUUGAGGAAACAAUCUACUAGGAAUACAAUUUCUACAUACUAACAUGGCAACGUGGCAAGUAUGGAAAUCGGAAACUACCAUUACUAGUAUUCACUAAUGUCUCGGUUAGGACUACCUUUAUGAAAUGCAGAAGUAUUUCUCGAUUUUAGUCUGUACCUACCAUGCAUUGUGCUGCUGCACUAAAGGUGCGUCGACUCGGCAAAAACAAAGGCACUCCUCAUCCCAACAUUGUGCAUGUGUAUCAUACACUGACAGCUACACCAACAUUUGUUGUCUAAUCCGACAAUCACAAAGCAGACCGACUAGCACGGCCAGCACGAGGCAGUCUAGCCAGAAAACGAGAGCAUCAGCAGCACGUCGUCAAACGCGUCCUCCUGCUCGCUGACGCCGGCGAAGGCAGCGGCGCCGGCGCCGGCGCCCAGCUGGGCCGGGUGCUCCUCCGCUCGAUGACGAUCCUGGUCGCCUUGAGAUGCUCCUCGAACACCUUCUGCAGCUUUAAUUCUUGCCCUGCGCCUCGAUCCUCGAUCAGCUGCAGAUUCCUCUGGACCUGAACAAGACGUCAACAAAAUCUAGGAAUUUGUUUUCGUUCGAAGUGUUUGGCGAGCACCUCGACCUGCUCGUGGAGGCGCCUCUGCACGCCAAGCUACGUGAUAACGUGUGAGAGCCUGUGCGUGGCGCCGUGGCCAUAGCUGAAGACGCGCCGCCGCGUGACGGGAGCCUCGCGGCGAGCUUCUUGCCUUCUUGGAUGCAGUGACCUCGGCUGGGUGCUGAUACAUCCAGAGCCAACCGUUCUUAUAUGUAUUAGAGUAUGUAUAGCCCUGUAUGUGUAUACGACUUGUAUACGUCUUGUACUUGUACUCCAAGCCAACUCGGCUAUAUAUAUA